GUUGGAGAGCCAGCUACUGCCAUCGAGUCUUCUGAGGCUUGAGAUCCCCAGUACGAGUGAGCCAGCUCCUCAGAGAUCUUCAAUCUCCGACACACAGGUUGGAGAGCCAGCUACUGCCAUCGAGUCUUCUGAGGCUGAGAUCCCCAGUACGAGUGAGCCAGCUCCUCAGAGAUCUUCAAUCUCCGACACACAGGUUGGAGAGCCAGCUACUGCCAUCGAGUCUUCUGAGGCUGAGAUCCCCAGUACGAGUGAGCCAGCUCCUCAGAGAUCUUCAAUCUCCGACACACAGGUUGGAGAGCCAGCUACUGCCAUCGAGUCUUCUGAGGCUGAGAUCCCCAGUACGAGUGAGCCAGCUCCUCAGAGAUCUUCAAUCUCCGACACACAGGUUGGAGAGCCAGCUACUGCCAUCGAGUCUCUGAGGCUGAGAUCCCCAGUACGAGUGAGCCAGCUCCUCAGAGAUCUUCAAUCUCCGACACACAGGUUGGAGAGCCAGCUACUGCCAUCGAGUCUUCUGAGGCUGAGAUCCCCAGUACGAGUGAGCCAGCUCCUCAGAGAUCUUCAAUCUCCGACACACAGGUUGGAGAGCCAGCUACUGCCAUCGAGUCUUCUGAGGCUGAGAUCCCCAGUACGAGUGAGCCAGCUCCUCAGAGAUCUUUCAAUCUCCGACACACAGGUUGGAGAGCCAGCUACUGCCAUCGAGUCUUCUGAGGCUGAGAUCCCCAGUACGAGUGAGCCAGCUCCUCAGAGAUCUUCAAUCUCCGACACACAGGUUGGAGAGCCAGCUACUGCCAUCGAGUCUUCUGAGGCUGAGAUCCCCAGUACGAGUGAGCCAGCUCCUCAGAGAUCUUCAAUCUCCGACACACAGGUUGGAGAGCCAGCUACUGCCAUCGAGUCUUCUGAGGCUGAGAUCCCCAGUACGAGUGAGCCAGCUCCUCAGAGAUCUUCAAUCUCCGACACACAGCAUUUAGGUGAAACAGAGUCCUAUCUUUUAAAGAAAAAAUAUGGGAUGAUGGUUUCCCUUGUAAACUACACAGAUUCAGACGAAUCUCAGAGUCCGUCCCGAAUUGCCAUCCAUGACGAUAGCUCUCAGGCAUGGAGUCCAGGUACUGACAUUGAACUCAAAGAAGACAAAGAUAUUUUCCCAAUGCUGAGGAGGACUAAAAGCAUACAGAUGACCAGCCAGAUUGAGUUUGAUUCAGAUGAGCUCUUUGACCCCAGCUCAGCGGACAGUGGAGAGGAAUAUAUUCCUAAAACGAGUGAAGACUCUUCUGGUACAGACACAAGCGAAGUUAUUGACAUAGUCCACAAAAAAGACAGCAUGCUUGGACGCCAAUACUUUCAAAAGCUGUCUCACAUCAGUGAUGAAUGUCUCUUACCAACCCAAGUGAACAGUAGUUCUUCACAGCAGGUGCCCAAGAGAGGACGCUCCCCCUCAAGAAGAGAUAGCAAUUCCAUUAUUAAACGCAAAAGACAAUGUUUAGGCAGUGGAUCCUGUCCCACAACACGAACCAUAGGGGGUAAAUCGUUAAAACAGAGUAUAGUUGGCGACACUGGAUCCGUAUCUGAAAACUCGACACAUGAAGUUGAACCAAAUCUUCCUGAUGGGGCCUCUUCCCUUCUUACAGAAAACAAAGUAGCUGAAGGUUCACGUUCACCUUGCAUACCUGCCGUUUGUAAAAAGGAGGAUGGGUCAAGAAUGUACAACAAAAAGCAAUAUUGUUUGUACUGUAAGAUAGGAGUUGGAAAAAUAGCAAGGCAUUUGGAGCGUGCGCAUCACAAUAAGCCUGACGUUGCACAGGCUUUGUCCUUCCCAAAAGGUUCUAAAGAAAGAAGAAUGCAUUUGGAACAUUUAAGAAACAGAGGCAACUUCGCCCACAAUGUUGAGGUAUUAAAUGCUGGCGUUGGAAAUCUUGUUUCUCGCAAGCAACCCAAACAGGACUCUCAAGCACAGAAUUUCCUCCAUUGUGUUUAUUGUCAAGGAUUGUUCAACAAGAAACUCCUUUGGCGGCACAUGAAGAUCUGCAAGUUCAAACCCGAUGUUCCACAAAAACCUGGCAAAACCCGUGCCCAGGCCCUGUCUGCAUUUGCAGUACCUCCACCACCUGGCGUCAAGAUAGAGUUUUGGAAGCUGUUAAACAACAUGGUUCAAGAUGAUGUUUACAUUGCUGUCAAAUCUGAUGUAUGUAUCAUGGAGUAUGGUGAGCACCUGUAUAACAGGCUUGGAUAUGAUGUUGGCAAGCAUGAAUACAUACGGCAGAAACUGAGGGAGCUUGGAAGGCUUCUGGUAUGUUCGAGGAAAACUACUCCCUUAAAGACUAUUCAAGACCAUGUCAAACCCAUCAAUUUCUUGUAUGUUGUGCAAGCAGUCAAACAUGUGGCAGGCUUCGACAGUGAAACCAAUACAUACAAGUGCCCAAGUCUUGCCCUUAAAAUUGGACAUAGCUUGAAAAAGAUGUCAAUGCUUGUUGAAAGCCGUGCAAACGUACAGAGCAACUACUCAGCAGCUAAAGAUGCUCGUACGUUCCGCAGAGUAUAUGAAACCCGAUGGAAUGAACUGAUUUCUGCCGCAUCACUGAGAACCCUUCAGGAAUCCAAGUGGAAUGCUCCUCAGUUGCUUCCAUUUACAAAAGAUGUCCAGACUCUCCAUUCUUAUUUAGAUGUGCAACAACAAGAAGUUCACAUUAAAUUGUCUGCAGAUAAAUCUCCCCAGACAUGGUCACAGUUAGCAAAGGUCACUUUGACACAAGUCAUUUUGUUUAACCGACGUAGAGCAGGGGAAGUUUCAAAAAUGCCCCUAUCUGCAUAUUUGUCUCAAAAUCCAUCACAUCCUCAGGAAGAUGUAAAUAUUGCCCUGUCAGAACUAGAAAAGAAACUAUGUAAAUACUUCAGGAGGAUAGAGAUAAGAGGAAAGAGGGGAAGAAAGGUCCCUGUGCUUUUGACCCCAGCAAUGCAGCAAGCACUGGAUCUGCUCGUCGGCACACGGCAGGAAUGUGGGGUUCCUAAGGAGAACAUUUACUUGUUUGCGAGACCAUCUGCUUUCACCUGCUACCGCGGUUCUGAUUGCCUUCGAUACUUUGCCAAGGCCUGUGGUGCAAAGAAUCCUGAAAGUCUCACCUCUACAAAACUACGCAAGCAAACUGGAACUCUGUCUCAGGUUCUUAACCUCACCAAUACAGAGCUGGAUCUGUUGGCAGAUUUUCUCGGCCAUGACAUAAGAGUGCAUCGGCAAUUCUACAGACUUCCUGAGGGCACCCUUCAGCUUGCUAAGAUCAGCAAACUUCUCAUGGCCUUGGAGCAAGGACGCCUGGCAGAAUUCCAGGGCAAGACCCUGGAUGACAUCAGCAUUGAUCCUGAGGAGAAUGUGCACAUGGACAGCGACAAUGAGACAGCGUGUGAGUCAGACUCACAAGAGGGUCAAGUCACAUCCACUCAGAUGGAGAAUAAAACAUCAAUGAGAGAUGGGAGCAAUACAGAUGAAGCAUCGCAACAGGGCCCUAUGACACCUCCACCAGCCGCUCAACCACAGACCGAGAGAAGGCAAAAAGGUCGGCAGCCUUUCAAGAAAAAGCUGUGGGAAAAGACGGAGAUCCAAGCUGUUGAGAAGCACCUGAUGUCUUUCAUUAACACAUGUCGCGUUCCGCGGAAAAGCGACUGCGAUAAGUGUCUUAAAAUGGAAGGAGAAGCACUCAAACAAAGAAAUUGGUUGGCCAUAAAGUUUUAUAUAAAGAAUCGGAUCACAGCUCUCAAGAGCAAAAUGUAAAGUGAUCAUUGAUGUCUGUUGACACCAUUACUUUUUUUUGUAAAGUGUAAUGCUUGCAAAAGUUAAAUGUUUGAUGUAAGCCGCUAUACAAAUAUAUAGAUCAUACUUUAUUUCUUCUUUCACCCCUCAUUGAUGUCCUCUUAAUACCUCCUUUUCUUUUAUCUGAAUUAUUCACAAUUUCCUCUUCAACCUUAUCUAUUUGAUCUUCUCUUACCUCUAUGCUUUUUAAAUCUCAUCUCUUUUUUGUAAUCUUCCUUUUAUCUGAACUACCUUAUCAUCUCUUCUAGUUUCUCAUAUUAUCUUGUUUUUUUCUUAACACAAUUUAAUCUUGUCCCUUUUCACACUUUCAAUUUCCUCAUUUCUUUCAAUAUCAUCUGGAAAUACAUUAUUAUAUAUAUAUAUUUAUAUAUAUAAAUAAUAAUGUAUUCUAAUGUAUUGUAUGUAAUAAUUAAAAGUCUAAUAACGACAAUCUCCUUGUAUUUACUGGAAAGCUCUAUAAUAACAUUGUAUUGCUUAAAUGGAAAUUACAAUGACUAUUUAAGCAGAAUACCCAUAUAAGCAUGACUUGUAUGGCUCCAAUAAUUAACACUUAGAACACAAACCCCUCUUUAUUUAAAAAGAAGGAAACUGAUGCAAAUUCAGUAAAUGUACUGUGAGUCUCAUUCACGAGUUCAGACAUCCCUGUGUCACAGUGGUUAAAUAGACUAAUAAAAAGCAUUACUAUAAUAGCUUAAAUAUUAAUUAAAAUGCUAUCAGUACAUUAGAAUUCAAUAUAAUUGUGUCACAACAGAAGCUACAUGUUGACACUAAAGGUGAAAAUCCUUCUGCAUCAUGAUAGCCCUCACUUUGACAGUCAAAGGUGUUGCAUUGUUACCUAAAGUAAGUUUAGUAAUAGUGUGCUAAGUGGCCCCACUAAUGUUUUAAACCAGACAGUGUAUUUUUGGAGCCCACACAUGACUAAAAGCCAGACAGUGUGUAUAUAUGGACCCCUCCUGUAACUCUGUACCUGACAAGACCCCAUGAAACGGGUUAUAGUCCGGUCAGUGACCUCUACUUUCUCUGAUUGAUAAUUUGAAGUGAAAUCUUUGUUUGAGUCCACUUCAGGAUUCUGCCUGAUUUUUUACAGUGCUGUACAACCUUCAGAAAGGGUGGACCCCAAAAGGGAUGGUCUGGUCAGGUACCCCCAGAAUGUAAUAAAGACAAGGGGGUGUGUGUGUGUGUGUGUGUGUGUGUGUGUGUGUGUGUGUGUGUGUGUGUGUGUGU